AUGGCUUUGGAGGGACUGGCCCACUUUGUCCGCGCAGAUGCAGAAGUCAGAAGGGCCACUUGGCGUCCGCUGGAUGUGGCCGCUUUGAGGUCGAGCCUGCACAGCUCGGAUUUCCAGAGCGACCUCAGCGAGACCAUCACGGCCUCCCAGGUCGCCGCGCAUGCGGUCACAGGCCGCGUCAGUGCGCGCGCCAUCACGGUGGCGCCGAUUUUGCACACGGGGGUGCCGGCGAAGCCGCUCUGGAAAGCCAUGGGCAUCACGGGCUGGCGCCUCUCCGAGGUCCUCCUUUUCCUGCUCUUCGCUGCGACCUUAGCGAAAUCCCCCGCGAUUUCCGGCUGA